AUGUGGCUUGAUGAUAAUACCCGACAACAAUUGGAUCGAGAUUUUGUUGAAAAAUACAACGAGAGCACCAAAAAUAUACCAUUAAUUGUUGCAGUUUAUGGGGUAAGAAUCAAUCAAAGUGGAUUUUAAUUUUUUUUAAUCAAUAUUUUACAGAACACCGAUAUUUCAAAAAAUGGAUUAUUCGGUAUUGCUCUCGGAGGACUGAUCUCAAUCAGUUCAAUACUCCUGGAUUCAGUUUUAGCAAUAAAAAUCUGUUUUGCAAUCAAAGUUCAUAACAUAAGUGCAAAUGUUAAAAAACUGCAUAGAAUUUUGCUGAUUACAUUGAUUGCUCAGACUAUGAUUCCAGCAGUUUUCACAUUUAUUCCAUGUUGUGUUUGUUGGUAUACACCACUUUUUAAUUUGGAAUGGAGUUAUUAUAUCAACUCAAUAUUUGUUCCAAUGAUAAGUGCUUAUCCUUUGAUAGAUCCAAUUGUUAUAACUUUUGCAUUAGGGGAUUAUCGACAAGCGGUUUUCAAAGUUUUUAGGAAGAAGACUGUGAUUAAUCCAUCAACGUUCAUUGAAACGACACACACUUAA